AGUGACAGUGAGUCAGUGAGUCAGUGUCAACAUGGCGCACCUUUUCCAAGGGGACCGUAUCCGCCUCCUUUGCUCCUGUGGCCUCCUCAAACCUAUUACAGCUAUUUAUUUCUGCCGCCACUGCCUUAAAUUAAGAUGUGGCAAUUGUGUGUCUCACGAGGUGGAUACCCUGUUCUGUCCCAACUGUUUAGAAAAUAUGCCAUCAACAGAAGCUCGCCUCAAGAAAAAUAGGUGUGCCAACUGCUUUGACUGUCCCAGUUGUGGCCACACAUUAUCUACCCGAGCCACCAGCAUCCAGACACCCUCUCCAGAAGAUCCCAGCAAAACAGUGGCCAGGAAAGUAUACUACUUGGCUUGCACCAGCUGCAGAUGGACCACCAGAGAUGUUGGUCUCAAAGAUCAGACUGUUGCCACCGGAGGAUGGGUUGAGCAAGAUAAUGAGCAUUACAAGCAUCUUCAGUCAUUGCUGGAACACUACCGAUCUGUUGCUCAACAAGAGAAGUUGGAACGUGAGAAAAAGAGGUUUUCUCAUCGCAAGUCAUCAUACCUCAGUUUGUCUGAUAAAUACAGUCUUCCUUCAAUUCUAGGAAGGAAGUCCUUGACACCUCUUUCACCUUUUGCACAUAAGGGAGAUGUAAGUCAGACCUCAGAGAUGACUCCACUGGAAGCUACUGCAGAAGUAGAAGGUCUGCCUGAAGACAUAUUUACAGAGGAAGUUGUGCUGUCCUCAGUUACCACCAUGGAGCAACGUCUGUCUUCACCUGAAUGGCAACCUGAGAAGACGGCAGAUCUUUACCCACUUCAUAAGCACAUUCUGGUGAAACGUUCUCUUCGGUGCCGUCACUGUGAACACAAUCUCUCCAAACCUGAAUACAAUCCUUCCUCCAUCAAGUUUAAGAUCCAGCUGGGUGCAUUCUAUCAUGUGCCAGAAGUAAGGAUGGUACGGCAAGUGGAGCUGAAGACUGGAGUGGAAACUGGUGUGCAGCUUUCUUUGUGUAAUCCUACACCUCAUGAUAUGACAGUGGCUCUGCUCCCAUUUGUCCCUGAGGCUUCUGAAGUCAGUCUUCAAAAAGCAGGAGAGGAAUCAGUUGAGGGAAGCAGCCUCAACACCAGCAGCCUGGUUCGUGUGGUGGAAAUACCACCUGAGAGGACUGAUCUUAAGCUCACAGCUGAUGUGGCUCUGCCUCAGGGCCAGUUGAUUCUUGCAGCUCGUGAUGAUACUGCUGAGUAUGAUGACCAAGAUUCUUCACCUAAUUACAAAGAUGAUCCACAAGUGGUGGCUUGGAGGCGAGCCAAUAAGGUUGGUGUCAAUCUUUUAGUAACUCCAAAACCUGAUGCCACGUAUGUCAGAGUUGGAUUUGUAUUGCGCUAUGAUUAUACAAACACGGUAGCAACAGCUACAGAAUCUAGAACAGUAACCUUGAAUAUCCCUGUCAUGGUGGAUGUUGGCCCAGUUACUCAGUCUUAAAAGAUAGAGAUAUCAAUAUAUUAGAAAGUAAUUUGCAUUUUCAUCAGACUUCCAAAACUAGCAUCAGCUAACCAGAAUAGUUUUAGUUGGCAGUAAGAAUAAAUUUGUUCAAGUCAGCAAUUAUUUUUUGCUCUAAAGUCAUAGAAAUCAUUAAUGUAAUACUUUAUGAUGAUUGUUACAGCAUGCUCUUUCAAAUGGGUUUCCUGCAUAGUAUGAUGUGUGUUUGCUUUGUAUCAUAGGAAAUGGUGAUAGGAACUCUUCAUGCAUUAGCUGUGUACUGGUCAACAUUAGUAGUUGGUCAUCAUGGCAACUGUCUCCAUUGCCAUAUGUUAUUCAUCCUGUUUGCAUUAUUUAAGUAUUUACACACACACACACACACACACACACACACACACACACACACACACACACACACACACACACACACACACACACACACACACACACUAUACUUGACAGUGCAGCUUGAGAAGCUGUUAUUAGGUGAACAUAACAGACACAUGCAAGCAUGUAUGGCGUCUUUCAGAAUGGUGAUGAAAUUAUAUAUGUAAUGGACCCCAGAUUUCUAAACAGGUGUGUUAGCUAUUGAUUACUGUGUGAAACUAGUGACAUAUAACAUGUAUACUUUUCCUUUUUAUAUAUUCCCAGAUUGUUCAAAUUUUUCCAGACAUGGGAAUUUGAGAGUCCACUGUAUUAGCAUUAAAAUCAUAUCACUUAAUAUACAGUGGAACCUCGGUUACCGAAUGCCUCUCUUUUCCAACAAAUCACUUUUUGAUCAAAAAUUUGAACUUAUAAUUGCUUUGGUUGCCACCCCAUAAUUUGGUUCUCGAAUAAAGUUACUUGAUUUCAAAUAUUAAAAGACAGAGCAAAAGCUGCAGUUUAUUAACAAUUAAAAGUUUCUAUCAAUAUUUACUUUGCUUUUAUAUAUUUAGAGGAGAGACACAGAAUGUAAGACUAAUUCAAACUUUGAAAUAGGGUAAAUGUAAUCCCGCUGAAGAACCUCAAUGUAAACAAACAGUUUUUUGGCGCUGAGGAGUAAUCACAAAGGGAUUACUCUCUCUCUCGAUGACCCCUAGUGCCAUCACUACUGCACGGCUGCAUUUUCCUAGUAGCUUUUUCCAGCAGCAAGAUGUCUAAGUGUUAUGAUCACCUUCAUUUUGGUGGUAAGUGGGUUGCUCCUCUCUGUGUUACUCUGUAAGGCUUUCCUCACUAGAAUGAUGACAAAAGAGAAUACCUGUACUGUCUAAACAUUAUCUUCUGAUGAGUUCUGUGUCUCUACAUUCAUUCAGUACAUCCUUUCUGGAUAAAUAAUAUCAGAGCUGGAGAUGUGAAGCAACCAUCUUAGCAGUGGGAAGCUAAGACAGGGUGUCUGGGUGUCUGGGAACAAAUUAAUAUAUUUUACAUUGAUUCGUAUAGGAAAAAUAGCUUUGGUUUUUUGGAUUUUGGAUUUUGAAUGGCAUUCAAGAACGAAUUAAGUUCAAGAACUGAGGUUCCACUGCUUAUGAAACUUAAAGAGAAAUUAACACUUGCAAGGAAUUUCUAUGUAUUGAAACUACUGGCAUGUAAGAACUUUUCUAAUAAAAAAAAUACACAACCUUAUCCAGCAUCACUAAAUUGGUGAUGCACUUGAUAUGCCAGCAAGUAUGGCAGAUUCAGUAAACAACAUGAACCAUUGGAAAUAGGCUAACAGACAUAUCUCUUGUUGCAUUUACAUGCAUAACAAAGGAAAACAGUUAGAUUUUCACUGAUAGUGAACCUGGAAAACAAAUUGUAUAUCUUUAUGAGCUUAAAGUUUAAAGUACAGAAAGAAAUUUGGAUAAGAAAAUUCUGAUGAAGGCCACCUUUUAUUUUUAUAAUCUUACAGUACAUUUCACUAAUAUUUGUCAUCUCAGUCUUUGUGAUACCCUUUAAAACUGGAUAUGGAAAUUGCUAAAAUUCUCAGUAUUUAGAUAUAUUUUGGUUUGUAAAUCUCAACUAUCAAACUACCAUAUACUCAUAUUCUUCGUGGUUAUGUGGUUUGAAUUUUCAAAGAUUUUAAAGAAUUUUAAGCAUAAUGAAAUUACAAAUUCUUCACAUCGCGAGGCUUGUUCCUCAUGACACCGUGAUAUUGCUGGUAUUUUAUGUACACAUAGUAGAUGGUAUCUUGUUGGUUAUGAACAUGGUGGAUAAAUGAUACCCUCUUUUGGCUGUGUACUUGGCAUAUUGCUCGCUGCAUAUUGUACACAUGGUGAUGGUGCUGCUUGUGUCUUAACGUGGCAGUGGAACUCACCACUGAUUCUGUGACAACUCUUCAAAUAGCCAUUGCAGUUCCAUUCUUCAAUUUAUAGAGCACAGCACCUUUACAAGCUAUCAUAAUUGAUGCAUAUGCAGUAGUUGCUCACUUGCUCAUGCUAAUCAGCUUGCCACAUCACAUGAUAAAAUUGGACCCAUGACAAGGGAACAUGUGGUUUUGAAUUGUAUAAAAUAUUUGGAUAAAUAAGGAUUCAAAACAGUUUUAUGAAUAUUAUUUAGCAUCCUUCAUUUGUGUGUGUGUGUGUGUGCGUGAACCAUGGCUCCAAGAGACUAGUAGUAGUCUACAUUUGAUAUGUAGUAGAUGUCUGCAUCACAUCUGCCAAGGUUCCAAAUUGAGUGAACAUCUGUGUCAGGAUCUUUUCAGAGCACUUCCUCUCCUUUGAGUUAAUGUACUGUUACAUGUGGGCAUUUGACUAAGAUGAUAAGAAAGUCAAGAGAUACAUUGAUCAAUAAUUAAUCAGAGGAGGAAUAUAUUGGCUUGGGUAUUGUGUAUGUAACUAAAGGUUCCUGCUGAGACACCCAACUCACUCAGGUACCUUUAAGUCUCAUAUGUGAGCUAUUUGCCACUCUUUGAUAAUGACAGGGCAAGAUUAUUGUUGAAAUGAUUGUGAAUAGUGAUACCAAAGGGAAGUGUGUCAACCAAGUGAGCAGCUAUUGUAAUAUUAUUAUUCCGUCUCUUGGUAAUGCAUCACGCUUAAAGAAAAUACACAUUCUUAAAUGCUAUUAUAUUGUAAAGUUAUUACUAAGUGCAUAAGCAAUGUCCAUAUUUAUUUUAUCCGGAAUAAAUGACUAAAAA